UCCCCCUUUGGCUCGGGCUCCCCGCCCCUCCCCCAUCCCGGAGCCCCGAGGGGCCGGAGCUCCUGGCGGUGCCGGAUACUGACCGUGGCCUUCCUUCCCCUGGGUCUGUCUGCCAAAAUGUCUGAAAGAUCAGAUCUCCUUCACUUCAAGUUUGAAAAUUAUGGAGAUUCAAUGUUACAAAAAAUGAACAAAUUAAGAGAAGAGAAUAAAUUUUGUGAUGUUACAGUGCUCAUAGAUGAUAUUGAGGUGCAGGGGCAUAAAAUUGUGUUUGCUGCAGGUUCCCCCUUCUUAAGAGACCAGUUUUUACUGAAUGAUUCCCGAGAGGUGAAAAUCUCCAUAUUGCAGAGUUCCGAAGUGGGGAGACAAUUGCUCUUAUCCUGUUAUAGUGGUGUGCUGGAAUUCCCCGAGAUGGAACUGGUAAAUUACUUGACUGCUGCGAGUUUUCUUCAGAUGAGCCACAUUGUAGAGCGGUGCACACAGGCCUUGUGGAAGUUUAUAAAGCCAAAACAAGCAAUGGAUAGUAAAGAGGGAUGUGAACCACAGAGUGCUUCUCCCCAGUCAAAAGAACAGCAGGGAGAUGCCAGAGGCUCCCCAAAGCAGGACUCACCUUGCAUUCAUCCAUCUGAAGACAGUAUGGAUAUGGAGGACAGUGAUAUUCAGAUUGUUAAGGUAGAAUCUAUUGGGGAUGUCUCAGAGGUUAGAAGUAAGAAAGAUCAGAACCAGUUUAUUUCUUCUGAACCCACUGCUUUACAUUCAUCAGAGCCCCAGCACUCCCUGAUAAAUUCAACUGUGGAAAACAGAGUAAGUGAAAUAGAACAAAACCAUCUCCACAAUUAUGCCCUCUCUUACGCAGGCAGUGAUAACAUCGUCUUGGCCUCAAAAGAUGUCUUUGGGCCUAACAUUCGAGGUGUAGACAAAGGCCUACAGUGGCAUCACCAAUGCCCAAAGUGUACCAGGGUGUUCCGUCACCUGGAGAACUACGCCAACCACUUAAAAAUGCACAAACUCUUUAUGUGUCUACUCUGCGGCAAGACGUUUACCCAGAAAGGCAACCUUCAUCGACACAUGCGUGUGCAUGCCGGCAUUAAACCUUUCCAGUGUAAGAUCUGUGGGAAAACCUUUUCUCAGAAGUGUUCCUUACAGGAUCAUCUUAACCUUCACAGUGGAGAUAAGCCCCAUAAGUGUAACUAUUGUGACAUGGUUUUUGCACAUAAGCCAGUUUUGAGGAAACACCUUAAACAGCUGCAUGGCAAAAACAGCUUUGAUAAUGCCAAUGAGAGAAAUGUGCAAGACCUCACAGUGGAUUUUGAUUCUUUUGCAUGUACGACAGUGACAGACUCCAAAGGGUGUCAGCCACAGCCUGAUGCAACACAGGUCCUGGAUGCAGGUAAACUUGCCCAAGCUGUCCUGAACUUAAGAAGUGAUAGUACUUGUGUGAAUUGAACAGGGGCUCUAUGCUCAAAACUAGAAAAGACUGAAAACAUGGCAAUAGUCUGAGUUUUGGUUUUUUUUUUUAGGAGAGAUUUUGCUAGUUUGACUUCUACAAAGUCUCUGUGCAGGUUGUAGAGUGAAUUUAAGUACUAACAGACAAGGCAACUUACCACUUGGAGUGGUCUGGCCUUCCUUUUGCCCUCUCCCAUUUUCUGUUUUGAAUUAUCUUGUGACGCCUGACUUCCUUUCCCAAGGAGUAUUCCAUUUGUCUACCUAACAUUGACUUAUGUUUUAGACUGACACAUUGUAGGCUUUUCACUGGACACAUUCUGAAGGUACCAACAAGUUAAUAACAUCACCUGCAGUCCACUAAUGAAUGCUAUGCUGAGAAAAGUGAAUGAUAUUUUUCUUUGGUAGAAAAUAGGCUAAGCUAUAAAGUGAUGUUGCUAUUGGCCUGAAUAUGUGAUAGAACUUCUGGUUGCCUAUUUAUAAUUCAUCUGUGUCUGGUCAGAUGAAUGAAUGACUCCCUACCAUUUGUACUUUUCUUGGAACUGGCUAUAAAGAAGUAUUUUAAGUUGUUCAUUCUUUUCAAAAGCAUUAUGGCCCAACUUUAUGUCACUGAAUUGUUCACAUAGACAAGAGUACAAUCUUUCCGACAACACCUGCAGGCACAGUUAAGUAUGCCAUGAGGAGCAUAAUCAACAAAGGAUAUAAGUACAUUUGUACUACAAUUUAACUUGAGAGGCCUUCCUCAAAAGAAGCCAAAUGCUUAUUAUUCAUGUGUAAAUUAUUUGUUGGUGCUCCUAGCAUGCUUAAAAUGUGCUUAAAGUAUAAUCGUUUCUCUAAAAAGAAACUAUGUAGGAGUCAGCAUUUGGACUCUGCUUUAGAGGUUAGCUAUCAGAGAGGUGUUUAGCCAUCGGAAAGGUGUUUGGGCUUCAGAGUUUUGUUCAGUGUACUCUAAGAGUUUCUGAAUUCUCAUUUUCUCAUGUACCUUAAUUUCUAAAAUGGAUGAAAAAAGGGGGUCUCGGAAUGAGCAACCAGGCUUUUGCAUUCAGAUAUUCCUAUAGCUCCACCUUGCUAUGUUUGAUAGAUCACUAAUACAAAAGUUGAUUUUCCAGUAUGGUAAAACACAACAACUGUGUGUUGUAGUUCAGAAAUAAAAUUUUGAAUCUUAGUUUCUGACCCAUGAGUUAGACAUAGGUAAUAGAAGUGUUAGAAUCCUUAGAGAGUCUUAAGAGAUAAUUUACUCCACCUCUUUUUUUCUUUUUUUUUAUGUUGGGGUAUUCAUAGCCCAAAGAGGUGGCCUGGCCAAGGUUAGCCAAAUAAGACAAGUGACUAAAUAUGAGCUAAUGUCUCUUCAUUUUUUCUCACUACCCCUUGGCUUAAAAAGAUUUAGUACAUAAUCAAUAAUACAUUAGCAAAAAACUCACCUUUGUGAAUCCCUAUUGGCUUUCUAAGACAGCCUGGAUUUUGCAAACAAAAUAUCACAGGAUUUAUUUUUGUUAGUUAUUUUUUAGUUAGAAUAAAUAUUACAUUCUUCCCAAUCAAGUGACUGAUUUGCUGGGUAUUAGUUAGGGAGGAAAAGGACAAGUAUAAAUGUAAGAAAGAUCUAAAUUUUGUCUGGAAACAGUGUUUAAUUUCCAUCAGGAUUUUGUUUUCCUAUUUGAGCUGAGAGUGCAUAUACAGAUAAGCCAAAAAUUAAGUUUGACUUGAGUAGUCAGGGAAUUCUUAAAAUUGUUAUAAUUUGAUACAUUUAUAUGUGAAUCUGACUUAAUUCUGUGCAACAGUGAGACAUUAUCAUGUUAACCAACAAUUCACUAUUACCUUUGAACAUCAUUUUAUCAUGGAAAUUUCAUGUUGGAGUGCUUCCUUUGUUUAUAUUCAUGUCCUGUUUUUGUUACUGGUUUGAAGACUAAAAAUCAGGGGUUCAAAAAAGAUUGGUCUCUUUGUGUGGAGACUGUUUCUGGGUUCAUCUAUUCAUUCAAGAAAUAUUUAUUGAGCACCUACUGUUGCCAGGCACUAUGCUAGAUGAUGAGGACAUGAAGGUAAGAUUACAAUGAUCCCUGCUCUCACAGAUGUUACAGUUUUGUGUAGUCUUCGGGAGCUAAGAUGUCAAUUUGAUUUUAUAGUAGGACUAAUAAAGGAAACUGCCUUGCCUUUUUUGAUCACUUAAAAUCAGCAUCUAGAUGGUUUUAUAUCUGUAAAAGCUACAGUUCUCACCUUUUGUACUGCAAACCUUUUGGCUGGGGAGGUGUCCUGUUUCUAUGAGACAUUUUCUUAAUUUUGGUGGGAUUUUACUUUUCUCCUUUGUUUAUACAUGUUUCUUAGAUUGUAUUGCAAAGCGGUAUAGUUAUUGAUAUCAAGUACGUUUUAUAGAGGAAGGUUUUUAAAAACCUUCGUUACUCAGCAUUUUGUAUUUCAUGGAUCCCCAGGAAAACUAAAAAGGGGAGAACACUCUUUACCGUAGUUGGUUUAAAAAAGAUACUGUAUCACAGUUAUUUAUUUAUUAUUUAAUUUUAAAGACAAACUCCAAACUGAAGCAGCUCUGAGGUAAAUCAGAUGUGGUUUUAACUUUAGUUUCUUUUUUAGAAAAUCUGUAAGUGGAGGGUGACCAGUGUCACUACUUUUAAAUACUGUCCUAAAAACAAACAAACAACCACCUAGAACAUUUUAUUUCAGCUGAUGAAUAGCUGUUCUAAACCUGUUGUAUGUUAGACAUACUAUGAACUACCUCUUCACUUAUUAUGGGGAAGUUUCCUUAAUAAAAGUGUGACAAUUAAA